UUUUGAAAUACACUGCAUCUGGGUUUACACGAACAGUCAAUUUGAAGAGGCUAGAACACACAGCCAGAUCUCGGAUUAAGGAAAACUUUGUGUAUAUAAGGUUCUCACAGUGGAGUUGGCUAGGUAGCAGCUGGAAACGAGUCGACUUGAAGUGGUUAAUGUUAAACCCUUAGCUAGCUAACUUAGCUCCGGGCCGUUAGCUCACGUAAACAGAAUUCAAAAGGCACCAUCAGGAAAGAGUGUUGUGUCAACGUAUUUGGCCAUAACGGAUAGUAGUGACUCUGUUGAUGCUAGUUAACGUUAGCCCAUAUACAAAAUAACUGAGUCUGGUACCUCGGAUAGUAAAGGUAGCUAGUUAGCUAAUCAUUUCUCAACUAGAGUUUUGUUGUGGAGCUAGCGAGUUAAUUUACGUGGCUUGUUGUGGACCUGGUUAUUAAUUUCAGAACUAGUUAGCCCUGGAUACGUCGACUGUCCACUCUUUGCAGUUUAAACCACUAACGACAUGGGUCUUAUAUUUGCCAAACUGUGGAGUUUCUUUUGCAAUCAAGAACACAAGGUGAUUAUUGUCGGGUUGGACAAUGCUGGAAAAACCACCAUACUGUACCAAUUUCUGAUGAACGAGGUGGUCCAUACCUCGCCCACCAUCGGGAGUAAUGUGGAGGAGAUAGUGGUGAAGAACACCCACUUCCUCAUGUGGGACAUCGGGGGACAGGAGUCUCUCCGCUCCUCCUGGAACACCUAUUACUCCAACACAGAGUUUAUCAUCUUGGUGGUGGACAGCACAGACCGAGAGAGGCUGGUGAUCUCUAAAGAGGAGCUCUAUAAGAUGUUGGCUCAUGAGGACCUAAGAAAGGCAGCUUUGUUGAUAUUUGCCAACAAGCAGGAUAUGAAGGACUGCAUGUCGGCGGCGGAAAUCUCCAAAUACCUCACCCUCAGCUCCAUCAAAGACCACCCCUGGCACAUCCAGUCGUGCUGCGCGCUCACAGGAGAAGGCUUAUGCCAGGGCCUGGAGUGGAUGACCUCGAGGGCGGGACUAAGAUAGCCCCUUCUCCCUCGUUGGAUGUUGAACUGACUGACUACCGUUCUCACCUAUCUGGUGGUAUCUCAGCCUCUCCCUAUUGGCUUCUUAAAAACAAAAAAAAUGGUUCAAUUUUGAGCUUAAGGCUGCACGGGAAGCAAGUGUUGUGUCUCUCCCUGCUACAUCAACUUGACCUCACCUGGGUUGUGUUCAUUCAGCACCAAACAGAAGAAAACAAACCAAAACAGGGAGGGACUUCCAGAACUUGUCCAAUUAGAAAUGCUCCUUUCCAUUGUCCUUUGCAGAACGUUUUUGCUACAUUGUGCUGUAAUGAAUACCACACUGUUAUAAGGUCCUUGUUAACUGGACCCUCUUACUAAACCACAUGGACUUUUUGCUACCUGGAUGUGAUCAAGCUGAUGGUAAACUGCAGUAGAACCACAGCCAGAAAGAACACUUCUCCUCUAAGACUGGAAUACUAAGUGUCCACUUGAAGCGAUGGACACACCAUCACCACUACAUAUCAUGAUUAUAUAUCAUAAUGCCAUAUUAGGACCUGGAUUAACAUUUAGGUCUCUUGAAUGUUCUGUGCGGAAGUGUUUCAUCAAUCAUGUAUUCGGCUGUCUAUUUUGAUGCCUACUAGACAGAGGCCUACACCAAACAGUGUUUACCUACUCACUUAUGGUAGUCAGGUUAACUUACUUAGUUGGGGAAAGGAAGGGGUUUAUCAUGGUGAAUGGACACUGGGUAGUAUCAGUAACACAAUGGUAUUCUAUGUUGGUUACAGGAGUGGAAGUCUGUUACAAUACAGGUGUUUUGGUUUAGGCCUAUAUGUGCAGGAUGGCAUGUUCAAAAUGUUAACUACUUUUUGGUGUGUUUUUUUUUUUUAAUUUCGUGGUGAGUUGUCGUCGGGGCUUAUUAUACAUGGUCAGAGGGUUCUGUUCAUAAGUAGUGCACUAUAUAGGGUGCCGUUUGGGAUGCACACUGGGUACAAGCCCCGUGGUGCUUGUUUCUUUGACUGUGGGAGCCAUGUAUUAUUGGGAAUAGUCGUAUUGCAUUUGACUUCUCAAGCGAAUGUCGCUGGGAUCUGUUUUUCUUAGCACUCAUUCACACCGGAAACAAAUGGGGUGCUAACUAGUGCUGAGCGAUCAACCAAAAUGUUUAUUAUUUUUUGUUUUUUAAACCGCUAAUUGACCUACGUUGGUUCAAUUAUUUGAAUUCCAUGUAAUUUUCCCCUGUGAGCUCAAUGCACACAUUUCAGUUUCUCCACAGAUAAAUCCGAUCACGCCCAAUCUGUGCGACGUAUUUUCCAACAGGCCAAUCAAUAUUCAUAGUUUAGUGCAGAAAACGUGAUAAUUAACUACAAUGACCAUUAUGCAUAAUCCUACUUUUCGUUUUUUUUCCCGUUUACUCCUGCUAUGUUAGGUUAGUGUGGGGCAGACACUUAGACCGAGAAAUGCAUGAUCAAGAGGGAUAGAGAGCAGUUGCUCCGUGAGGUAUCUCUACCUGAAAAUACAUUUAUCUAAGUGAUUGAUAGUAUGCCUUAUUUCCAUUGAAGAACUACUAAAAUAGUGUUUUUUUUUGUCAGACAGCAUAGGCAGCAGCUCUAUAGAGAUGAGGAGAUUUGGAAUUAAAGUCAUCAAAUAAAACAAAUGUAAUAUACAGAAUGAAAUAUUUUUAAGUAAUAAAUUAAGUGAUGCGCAGUAAAUUGGCAGGCACUACUAAUAAUGGGAAUUUUAAUCAUUGUUUUCUGUUCACAUUUAACCCACAGUGCAUUUGAUGUUAAAAUUGUAUCCACUGAAAACUGAUUAUUGAAAAUAAUAAUCAAACCGAAACCAUACAGACCUCAAAUGCGGUAAUCGCUCGGCACUAGUGCCAACCAACCACUACCGUGGUAAUAUCAGUGUUCAAAGCUCAAGUUUCAUAACAGUAUUGUACACAUGUCGAUGCAGCAUUUUGAUUAGAUUAUUUUAGCAUUUUGUGUAUACACAUCUCAAGUAUGUGUUGAGAUGUCGAACUGAGCAGGUCAUUAAUUGCAGCUACAUUUGUUAGUGUAUCACCUUAUUCUGACAGAAAUUACUCCUGAGAGUUAAAGUAGCCUGAGUGUCAGUCUGUCUGUGCUAUCAUGCCACCUCCUUGUUUUAGCUUGACAAGGACAUCAAUGGAGUUUGCAAAAGCACUAAUGGAUCUGGGACCAAGCAAGCGUUAGAUAUAUGGUAGUCUUUGUGCAUUUUUGACUGCAGUGUGUCGGAACAUGCCAUUCAGUCCCCAUCCGCUUAUGUUGCGUACCCUCAAAACAGCUAGCCUGAUCCCAGAUUUGUUUGGAUUUUAGCCAACCUUUCUAGUUAGAGAAAUUGGCUGAAGCGCACAGGUCUGGGACCAGGCUACUGACAGGCCUCAAAAGGAGUUAGGGCUUCUCCUGUGUCAAAUGUGCCACAUGUCAGACAGACUCGCAUGUGAAUGAAUGGAAUGUUGAUGCUCUUCUUGUGUCUGAAUGUCUGUCUGCUUGCCCUGACAAUAUUUUAUCCCUUAGCCCCAUUCCACAAUCUUACUCAUUGUGGAUGGAACCACUAAAUUGAUCCAAAAUUGGCACUCCUACUCUGAGAAGCAUGCUACAUAUGGCCUCUCACCACCAGGAUUUGUUACGACAUUGGCCUGAUGGGUGAGUUCUUUUAAAUAGCUAACAGAUCUAUGCACGUGUCACUUUGCAGGGGUGUGUGUGUGUGGUGAAGUCGAGGAAACAACUUCAGUCUUUUUCAUUGGGACUAGAUUCAGAGUAGCUCAGGGUCCGGUUUCCCCAAAGUACCUUAAGGCUACGUUCAUCAUUAGGACCUUCGUGGGAGCAUUGUUAAAUCUCUAAGCUGUUUCCCCAAAACCACCGUUUUUAAUAAAGCUGCUCUUAAACACUUAUUUAACAACGACAUCAGGCCACUUGUAGAACAGCUAAGUACAUCGUUAGAUGCUUUUUUUUGCCCUUCUGCGUGACUUUAAAAGAUAAAUACAGUAUAGGCUACAGACCUAAUAUACUGUAUUUGAAUAUAUAGCUAAUUGUAGACUAGCCUUCUGUCUAAUAUUUGCCAAAUCUUGAUUUAGUGUGUUUUAUAGGGUAAACAUUAGAAUAAGCCGCCUCAAUAUUUGUAGCCAUAGACAAUAAAUAACAUCUCUCUGGGAGCUGAUCCCUCGUCAGUAAUUCUAAUGUUAAGAUUGGAAAGGCAGAACGUUGCUCCGAGAAGGGCAGUAAUCAACACAGGCCUCAAUGCACUUAUUGAACGUACUCUGUGUGGUGGUUUGUGAAAAGCAUGUUAUAGCUUUGACUGUUGUAGGGAAGAUUAAAACGGUCAUAAGAGUGGGAAACUGGGCCCAUGUCCAUCGCGCGACAAGUUACAAAGAGCAGUGGCGUCCACCCUGGUCCGGGAGAGUAUCUGAGUCCACUGGUUUUAAUUGACACACAGUUAGCAUUAUGUGAAACCGAUGGACCCAGGAUGUGUCCCAAAUGGCUCCAUAUUCCCUAUAUAGUGUACUACUGUCAGUAGAGUGCCAUUUGGAAUUGGGACACAUACCCAGUCUCUUCAGAAUCAUAGUGCAUUCCAUUGGUAUCUAGUGCUUUAUACUCUCAGAAAGUGGAAUGGUCGGACACUUAAAUCAGGAUGAUAAUGACAUGUAUGAUCUGGGUUGCACAUUUCAGUUUUAUUUUUAAAUAAAAUAUUGUAUUUUGAAAUGUGAA